AUGAUUUCUUUGAAUCAACUUAACUACCUUGAAAAAUCAUCAAGUCAUUCAAUUCAACAAGAUCUUAAUUCAGAAUUAUCAAUUAAUAAUAUAUGCUAUAAACUUAAUGAAAGUCAAAAAUGGUAUAUUCUUAAAAGAUUACAUUUUGAUAAUUUAUUAAAUUUAAAUAAUUUGUUACCAGAAAUUAAAUUUAUAUUUGACAAAAUUGAAAAUAUCAAAUUUCAAGAAUCAAUAGUCAUUUUGAAAAAAGCUAUAGUGGAACAUAAUUUUGAUGUAAAUAUAUCUGAAAUUGAUUUGAAAAAAUGGAAAAAUUUAAUUGAUUAUAAUGAAAAACAUGAAUAUAUUUCUACAAGACCUGAUACCAUUAAUGAUUAUAGUGGUUCUUAUGAUGAUGAUGAUAAAAAGUCUUGUUCUCAUUCAGUAAAUGAAUUAUCAAAAGAAACAACCACAGAAAAAGGUGAUGAUGAAGAACUAUCUUUGGAUUCAGAGAAUAUUGAUUUUGAAUUAGAUGUUAGAUUAGAAUCUGUUUUAAUUGCUUAUUGGUCUCCAUAUUCUGAAGUUAGAGUAGUUACUUAUCCAUUUGAUGAUUCAAGUAUUCCUGUUGAAACAUUACGUGUUUAUAUUAUUGGUAUUUUAUGGACUGCUAUUGGAGCUUUAAUUAAUCAAUUUUUCAUUGAAAGACAACCUUAUAUUACAUUAUCAAUUCCAAUAAUUCAAGUGUUCUUAUACCCUACCGGAAAAUUGUGUGAGUUGUUACUACCAAAAAGGAAAAUCAAAUUUAGUAAACGAUUCAUAAUUGAUUUAAAUCCUGGUCCAUAUAAUUUCAAAGAACAAAUAUUGGCAACUAUUUUUUGUAGUGUAUCAGGUAAUGCAGCAGCAUAUGUUUCUGCAAAUAUAUUGAUGUUAAAAUCAGAACAGUUUUAUGGUAAUGAUUGGGUUGGAUUUGGAUAUCAAAUUUUAUUACUUUUAUGCACGAAUUUUUUUGGAAUUGGUUUAGCUGGAAUAGUUAGAAAAUUUGCUGUUUACCCAGUUAAAGCAGUAUGGCCAAAUAUAUUACCUAAUCUCGCUUUAAAUAGAACAUUGUUAACUUCAAGUAAAAGAGAAAUAAUCAAUGGUUGGAAAAUUUCAAGUUAUAGAUUUUUCUUUAUCACUUUUGCAAUUUCUUUUGUUUAUUUCUGGAUCCCAGAUUAUUUAUUUCAAGCUUUGUCUACUUUCAAUUGGUUAACAUGGAUAAAACCUAAUAAUCUUAAUCUUGCUGUUAUAACUGGUUCAAUUGGUGGAUUGGGUUUAAAUCCAAUGAGUACUCUUGAUUGGAAUUAUUUUAGUUCAGUGUUGCAACCAUUAGAAAUACCGUUUUAUAACACAGCUAAUAACAUAAUUGGAAUGUUGAUUGCAUUUUUAUGUAUUACAGGUAUUUGGUAUUCAAAUUUUAAAUGGACAGGAUAUUUGCCUAUUAAUGAUAAUGGGUUGUUUAACAACAAAGGUGAGAGAUAUCAAGUUACUUCAGUUGUUAAUUCCAAAAGUUUAUUUGAUGCUGACAAAUAUAAAGAAGUUGGGCCACCGUUUUAUUCUGCUGCUAAUUUAGUAGUAUAUGGUGCAUUUUUCACGUUAUAUCCUUUUCAUAUAAUUUAUGAAAUAGGAAUGAAUUAUAAAGAAAUGUGGGAUGCCAUUAAAGCUUUAUAUCUAGUUUUCAAAGAUUAUAGAAAAUCAACUUAUGAUGGGUUUGACGAUCCACAUUGUGUCAUGAUGAAAAAGUCUUACAAAGAAGUCGCAGAUUGGGUUUAUUUGAUAAUUCUUUCCCUUUCAGUUGUAUUUGCUAUAAUAUGUGUUAAAUCAUAUCCUGCUCAAACUCCCGUAUGGAGCAUAUUCUUUGCAUUUGGAAUCAAUUUGAUAUUUUUAAUACCAAUUACUACAGUAUUUGCCAGAACUGGAUUUUCUUUUGGUAUUAAUGUUUUAAUAGAAUUGAUAAUUGGUUAUGCUAUUCCAGGUAAUGGACUAGCAUUAGGGUUCAUUAAAGCAUUUGGAUAUAAUAUUGAUGGACAACCACAAAAUUUUGUUAAUGAUUUGAAACAAGCACAUUAUGCCAAAUUACCACCACGAGCUGUAUUUAGAAUUCAAUUACUUUCGGUGUUUGUUGCUUCUUUUAUUCAAUUAGCAGUGUUAAAUUUUCAAGUUAAUGGAGGUAUUAAAAAUUAUUGUGAUCCUUUAAAUACUCAAAAGUUUACUUGUCCUGGUACUCGAACUUAUUAUUCAUCUUCAGUCCUUUGGGGUGUUAUUGGACCUAGAAAAGUGUUUGGUGGAAUGUAUCCUAUUUUACAAUGGUGUUUCUUGAUUGGAUUCUUAGGUGCUAUUCCAUGUAUUUUAAUUAAGAAAUAUGGACCAAGAAAAUAUGUUAAAUAUUUUGAACCAUCAAUUGUAAUUGGUGGAUUUUUAAACUAUGCUCCAUUUAAUUUAUCUUAUUAUAUUCCUGGAUUUUACAUGGCUUAUAUAUUCAUGAUGUACAUUAAACAAAAAUAUGAAGCAUGGUGGCAGAAAUAUAACUAUAUUUUAUCAACUGGAAUAAAUGCUGGUAUUGCCUUUAGUUCAAUUAUUAUUUUCUUUGCCGUAAUGUACAAACCAAAAGACUUGAACUGGUGGGGUAACACUGUCUCUUUUAAUGGUAUUGAUUAUGGUAUAACUGGCAGAUUGAAUGCAAGCAAAGAUGCAGUUGAUGGAUACUUUGGUCCACGUAAGGACAACUACCCAUAA